AUGGCUUACGAAGAUCGCGAUGAUGCAGCCAUCAAAGCCGCUCUUGCAGAAUCGAAACGAGAUGAAACGACACCUCGAACAGAUUUUGUCGAUCUGACAGGCGACUCUGAUGAUGAAUCAAAGACUCUUACCCCGCAAAGGAAUGUUAUCGAUCUUGAAAAUGAGGAAGAGGAUGAAGAUCUUAAGCUGGCUAUUGCCUUGUCUAUGCAGGAGAUGCAGCAUUCUCCUCCUUCCGGCCGGUUGAAUGGGAAUGAAGCUUCAAAUCAGAGAGCUAAUGACAGCGCCAGGUUGAAGGACGACAGACCUGUUGAUACACCAUCUGCAAAAAACCUUGGAAUUGAAGCAACGCCUCCACCAGCCUCUGGUUUUGGUAUACCAGGACUGGACCGCAAAAAGUUAGAGGAAGAAAGACUUGCGCGUGUAGCCAAGCGACAAGCAGAGAGUAGCAUCUCUCCUCCACCACUCAAGCGUGACACAAAGGUCGCUAGACGUGAUUUCCUACCGUACCAAAAUGGUGAUUUUGAUGGACCGAGAGGUCUGCCGACAUCGGCAAGCUUGAAGAAAUCUGGGGGAACAAGAGCUUCCACUCCAGAGUCAGCAUCUUUGGUGAAACCAUCCUCAACUCCGUCGCCACAGUUUCCUAAAGGAGUUGUCAAAAAGACCUGGGUAUUUGGCUGCCCGAGAAACAAUAAUGAUAUCAAGAUCGAGGAAGUCUUGCAAACAGCUGAUCUGGAACUUGCCGUUCUGAGCGCUUUUCAGUGGGAUACGGAGUGGUUGUUCAGUAAAUUCCGUACUCCAGGCAAAACGAGAUUUUUGAUGGUGAUGCAGGCCAAGGAGGAAUCCACCAGACUACAAUACCAGCAGGAAACUGCCGAUAUGCCUAACAUCCGUCUAUGUUUUCCACCCAUGGAAGGACAGAUCAAAUGUAUGCAUUCGAAGCUCAUGCUCUUGUUUCAUCCGGAUUAUUUGAGGAUCGUCGUCCCAAGUGCGAACUUGGUGCCGUACGAUUGGGGCGAGCAAGGCGGAGUCAUGGAAAAUACUGUCUUUUUGAUUGACCUACCUAAAAGGUCUGCACAAGACGUUCCCGAUACCCCUAAAAAAGCAUUCUAUGAAGAGCUCGCUUUUUUCCUUCAGGCUAGCACGGUGCAUAACAAUAUCAUAGCGAAAUUGUCCAGUUUUGAUUUUAAAGAGACUAGUCGCUAUCGUUUUGUGCAUACUAUUGGAGGUUCUCAUAUUGGCGAAUGUAGGAGACGUACAGGUCACUGUGGACUUGGUCAGGCUGUAAGCUCUUUGGGACUGAGAACUCAUGAGCCGAUCAGCAUUGAUUUCGUGACAUCAUCCAUUGGCUCCCUCACAGACGAAUUCAUGCGAUCAAUCUAUCUCUCAGCGCAGGGCGACGACGGUUCAAUCGAAUACACCCUCCGAACCUCCAAAUCCUUCCCCACCAAAGCCAAACAGAACACCGAAGCAACCGAUAUCCAACGAACCACAGGCUCAGAAUGGAAGUCUCGGUUCCGAGUUUACUAUCCCUCAGAACAGACGGUGGUACAAUCAAGGGGAUCCAGACGAUGUGCAGGCACUAUUUGUUUCAAGGAGAAUUGGUUCGUGGGACCGAAGUUUCCUAGAAAUGUUUUGUAUGAUUGUGUUAGUCGGAGAGAGGGGUUGUUGAUGCAUAAUAAGAUGAUGUUCGUUCGUCCUGAGAAACCGAUCAAUUUACCUGAAGGAUCGAACUGUGCAGGUUGGGUGUAUGUAGGGAGUGCAAACCUGUCCGAAAGCGCCUGGGGCAGGAUCGUCCAAGACCGCAGCAGAGGAGAACCAAAACUAAACUGCCGCAAUUGGGAAUGCGGUGUACUAGUACCAAUAACGGAGUCGUCAGUCUCAUCUUCUAGCUCGGAUGAAGAGAAGAAGUCUUCAAAAGAUGAAGAUAUUACUCAGACAUUUGGAUCUACUGUCCCAGUUCCGAUGCGAGUUCCUGCGCCGAUUCUUGGGGAUGGAUUGAGACCUUGGUAUGGGGCAUGGUAG